CUUGUAGUCACCGGUAUGUCCUUUGCUUCCCACUGAAUCCCAGGUGUUGAUCUAAGCAAGAUUGGCGCAGCCAUGAGCGACGUAACAGUUACAGGCGAGCACCCGAACGUUCGAUGUUCGGGCCAUGGUGACCUAUGUUAUAUCAAGACGGGUGUGCGUGAAGGGCCUUCAAAGGGCGUUUCAUUCCUGCUGUGCCCAAACGCCAACGACCGGUGUCCUUUCGAACAGAGAUUACAAGUGCCAGCGGAAACAUGUCCAUCGCAUACUUCCAUGAUUGAGCUGCAAGCGGCAAGUAAGCCAUGCGAUGGAGUUUCCAAGCAGUACUAUCGUUGCAAGGAGCGAGUUCAGGGACAGAGCUGGUGUGGUAGCCGCUUUGUACGCGUCCCUGGCUGCAAGAGCUCAAGUGCUCAGUCAUCCCCGGCGCAAGGUGUUGGCAAGGAGAAUGUUGCACUGCAGCAAAAGCCUCAGUCCAAGAGUCCAUCCUCGCACUCUGCACAUCAGCAACAGCAACAGCAACAGGUGCAACAACAACAACAGCAACAGCGUCAGCAGCAACAAGCGCAGCAACAGCAGCAGCGGCAGCAACAACCUCAGUCCAAGAGUCCACCUUCCCACUCCGCACAGCAGCAGCAGUCGCAGCAAGCAAGUCAGUCGGUUAGGCCAGGGCAGCAGCAGUCGCAGCAAGCAAGCCAGUCGUUUAGGCCAGGGCAGCAGCAGUCGCAGCAAGCAAGUCAGUCGUUUAGGCCAGGGCAGCAGCAGUCAAAAAGUGUCAAUGUGUCACCUCCACUUGCCAACACUGCUAGGCCCACAACGUCGCAUGUUGUGGUGAUCAGUGAUGAUGAUGGUGACAAUGGUGCAUCCAGACUGCAAAGUAAGGGUGGAUCUUCAAGUGCUUCAGCUCCUGCACGUACGGGAUUAUCAGGACAGGGACAGUCCUUGCAGGGACAGUCAGUGAGUAGUGCUGCAACACAAGCUAGUACUCAUGCUUCUGUCCAAUCCCAACAGCAACAGCAGCAACAACAGCCCCACCAAACGCAGCGGCCGCAAAGCCAGCCUCAGCGGCAGCAGCAGCAGCAGCAGCAGCAACAACAACCCCAAUACCAACAGAGACCGCAUCAGCACCAGCCUCACCACCAGCAGCAGCAACAUCAGUCUUUCCAGCAGCAACAAACUCAACAUCAGCCUCACCAGCAGCAACAUCGCCAAUACCAGCAGAAACAGCAUCAGUCUUACCAACAACAUCGGCAUCAUCAACAACCGCAGCAGCAGCAUCCUGUUGGUUUGCCACACCCCAGUGCUAGCCAUCGCUCUUUACACGAUCAGAGUAGUCAUGGAACCACCAGCUAUCCAUCCCAUUACACCUCCGUUCGUCCUGGAUCAGCUGCAACAGCCAGUGGUGACACAUCCGGAUAUCAAUCUGGCAAGUCGUAUUCUCACGGAUACUCCCAGCAGCAGGGUUACAAGCAGCAUGGCCGUGGUGGAGGCAGUGCUCGGCCAUUCGCUGGACACGUGUUGUCACAGGCACCGCCACCCUCGCAUUCAGGAGAUGCCGCAUCGUCUUCUCACUCCAAGCACGGUCAAUCUCGACCGGCCAGUGCUCACUCGUUUACUGCCCACCGCGGUGGCAGCAGUGAUAGUGUAGCUAGUGCUGGCAGCACUGCUGCAGGUGCUCAGCCAAAGAUCUCCGGUUUCGCCGUGACCACUUCUGCUCAAAGCAUUGCCGCCAGGGCGUAUGCAGCAGAGCCCAUGGCGUCGCGUGGUGGCAGUGCGGCUGUCAAGCACGCAGCAAUUCCUAUUGCAAUGCCAUCAGCUAAUGUCUACAUUGAGGGCACAAAGCGCCUUGACGUGUACGCUACCAAUCGUCUGACCCGCCAGGUCUUGGAAGUUCUCCAUCAGCAACAUGAGUCAGUGCCCGCACCCACUGUCCAAGUCAGUGACCCAGUGGGCCUGCAGAACGUGACGCUACUGCCGCAUCAAAAGCAUGGCCUGGCUUGGCUGAGCUGGCGCGAGCAGCAGAAACCGCACGGCGGAAUCCUGGCCGAUGACAUGGGUCUUGGUAAGACGCUCACAAUGCUCUCUCACGUGAUGAAGUGCAAGGAGGACCGUGUAAACGAUGCAAAGGCAGCGGUCAAGGCAGUGAAUUCCAAACAGCACGGCGAUGCUACGGGUGACGACAAUGACACCAGUGAUGAUAGCGAGGAGUGCAGUGACGAUGACUUUGUCGACUCCGCAAGCGGCAAAAGCAGUGGCCAGACUAGUCGUGCGAUUAAGAGUGGCCGAGACUCACGCACGUCCACGCUAAUCGUUGUUCCGGCGUCCAUCAUCAUGCAGUGGAAUGCUGAGACAGAGAAGCGCUUCAAGCGUGGCAGCCUGAAGGUGCACUUGCAUCAUGGGCCCAAUCGUACCAAGAGCUCUGACCUACUUCUCCAGCAAGACAUCGUGUUGACUACUUAUGGUGUGGUGAGGAGUGAGUACGCUGCAGUUUGUGGAGCUACCUUCAAGAAGGAUGAAGACAGCAGCGAUGAGGAAGAUGGCGGCGAUGAUGAUUCUGACUUCAGCCUCUCCAAAAAGACCACCAAGAAACCGAAGAAAGCCAGCAAAGGAAAGGGAGACUGGCCACUGUUCAAUGCACAUUGGUGCAGGCUGGUGCUGGAUGAAGCACACGAGAUCCGCAAUUAUAAGACCUCUGCGUCGAAAAGUGUCUGUGAGCUUGAUGCUGAUUGUCGCUGGGCACUAUCCGGUACCCCAAUUCAGAACGACCUGAUGGAUAUGUACAGUUUAUUGAAAUUCCUGCGUUGUAGCCCGUUUGAUGACUUGAAGGUGUGGAAGCACAUGACUGGAAAAGAUCGGGACCGCAUUUCCAGGCUCAACACUGUGAUGAAAGCUUUAUUGCUGCGCCGCACGAAAAACCUGAUCUCUCUUCCCAAGAAGGAGAUCAAGACGUAUGAACUCAGGCUUGGUGACGAGGAGCGUGUUGCAUAUGAUUCACUAUUUCAGCUGUCACGGUCCGCUGUGGCUGCGUGUAUCACCCAGUCCAAUGAGAAUGCAGCUGCUACUGGUCGUGGUACGUAUCGUCCGCUCAAGGAUACCAGUCUUCUUGAUCCAGCCACCGCCGCCGCCGUCCCUGCGGAGGACGAUCACGUGGCCAAGUAUAUGGAGGAGGUGGUGCUGAAGAAGAUCAAGUCGUUCGUGAAGCAACAGCAGAAGCAGUGGUCCAUCAUGCUGGUACUGUUGCUGCGGCUGCGUCAGUGUUGCUGCCACCUUGGACUGCUUGUGCAGAAUGCGGAGAAGGAUGACGAUGACAAGCUAGAGCUGGGUUCUCUUGAGAAACAGAUGGCUGACAUGUCUCUAGUUAGUGAAGAGUUGCUGCAGGGGGUUAGCGAAUCCAACCAGCCUGGCUGCUUUGUGACAACAAACCCCAGCACCAAGGUUGGAACACUUCUGAAGAAGCUUGAAGAGCUAUCGCUUGCAUCCGAUCCAGCUCGACCCACAAAAAGUGUUAUUGUGUCACAGUGGACAAGCAUGCUGGACAUUGUAGCACAUCACUUGGAUGAACGUGGAUUCUCACACUGUCGCAUUGAUGGAAGUGUGAGCCUAAAGAAUCGCCAUCAGACCGUGGAACAAUUCAACACUCCUGACUCUGGGCCGCAGAUCAUGCUGCUGUCAUUGCGAGCGGGCGGUGUCGGCUUGAACUUGAUCGGAGGCAAUCAUCUCUUCCUGAUGGAUGUGCACUGGAACCCUGCUCAAGAGCAGCAAGCAUUUGACCGCGUGUAUCGAAUGGGGCAGACGCGCGAUGUGGUUGUCCACAAGUUUUUGACGGCGGACACGAUUGAGAAGCGCAUCAUCGACCUGCAGAACAAGAAGCUAGCUCUGGCCGAGGGUGUAUUGUCAGGCUCUAAGACCGCAGCCAAGAAGCUUACUCUGCAGGACCUGCGGCUCCUUUUCAAUGUGUGAUUCAUGACAUCUUUCCAGCAGAUGUUGUCACCAUUCCAGCGACCAUUGUGAUGGCUGCUAUCAUAGUCAGAAUGAUCUGUCGCUUUCUGCUGUCACUCAGUACCGUGCUCUCCCCGGUCAGGGCAAAGAAUGAUCAUAGUGUUAACGUGACAUGCAGUUUCUCUUCUGUCAAACUCCUGUGUUCAGCAUUCCUAUCUGCACAUGUCAUGUAUCUGUGUGUGUGUGUGUGUGUGUGUGUGUGUGUGUGUGUGUGUGUGUGUGUGUGUGUGUGUGUGUGUGUGUGUGUAUGUGUUUGCCUAUCCGAAUGACGCUGAUCGUGCUGAGUUGUGAGUAUCCACGGACUUCCAUUCGUCAUUCUAACGUAACUUCCUUUCCUUGCUCUCACUUACUUCCCGGUGAUAUCAUUACUAUGUUUAUUAUACACAAAACUCAGAUCUUAUCAACUAUGCUGUGCUAAAUCCAGAUCUACUAACCAAGCUCGCAAUAAUACAAGUUUGACAAGGUUUCGCAUGUUUCAAAUCUACACAUUCCAUGUUCCAAUAAUAUUAUCUAUUUGUUCUAUUCUACUUGUUUUCAUUGGCUGGUCCAUAUAACUCACUGCCCAUAAUCCUACUGCUCUCUUCAACCAUACUGACCAUCUCAUUGCCAUUCCUCCUGUUGUGCUGAGCAUUCUCAAUUGUGGAAGUACCACUCCAUGGUGUGUUCACAUAUCCAUAUUGAUGGGCGAUAGUGUAUGCAUGCUUUUGUUUUCCUUUCGGGCAAUCACCUUUCUUCUAUUCCCGGUUUGCCAGUUUAACACAUUCUCC